AGGGUCAAAUCAGAAUUUAAACGGCUAAGCAGCAGAGCCGUGUUUAACAGAUCUCCUCACGCUUCGGCAGACCGGAAUACUCUCCCCUAGGUCGGUGUUUCCUGGUGUUGUGUGGACUGGUAUGUAGCUACCGAACCGAUCGGUGCUGGGUUUUAUUUUUUACCAGACGUACUCUUCAGUUUGGACCAUGACUCUACCGGUUUUCGCCAGUUAGCGUCGCUAAGCUAAGCUAACUCGUUGCUCAGCGUGCGAUGACUUUCGGUGCGUUUUGUUUUUCCGGCCACAAACAUGGAGUGACUGCUCGCAGGUGAUGACAGAUCGACCGUAUUGACCAGCGAUAUACAGAAGUUUAUACGACGCCGAUCUCCAGACGAGCUUUGCUUACGUCACCGAGGCGAGGAGACCAUGACCCUCGCCCCGAAGGAGCUGUCCAACCUGCUGAGCAUCAUAUCGGAGGAGGCAUGCACCAACACCUUCGAGAGCCUCUCCACCCAUUUCCACCACUACUUCGGGAAGGCGGAGCACUUCAGGGUGGGCUCGGUGCUGGUCAUGCUCCUGCAGCAGCCGGACCUGCUGCCCAGCUCCCCGCAGCGGCUCACCGCCCUCUACCUGCUGUGGGAGAUGUACCGCACCGAGCCGCUGGCCGCCAACCCGUUCGCCGCCGUGUUUGCACACCUGCUGAACCCCUCACCUGCCGGGGAGGAGCAGGAGAAGGUGCUCUCCGGCUUCCUGCCUCCCAUCACCCAGCCAGAGAAGUUCUUCCUGUCUCAGCUGAUGUUGGCACCGCCCAGGGAUCUCUUCAAAAAGACGCCCAGACAGGUGUCCUGCAUGGACGUCGGCAACAUGCCCCAGUCCAUAGACAUCAGUGGGCUGCAGCUAGCGUUGGCAGAGCGUCAGUCAGAGCUGCCCACUCAGAGUAAAGCCAGCUUCCCCAGCAUCCUGAACGACCCCGACCCAGAUUCAUCUAACUCAGGAUUCGACAGCUCCGUGGCCAAUCAGAUCAUCGAGUCCCUGGUCACAGGGCCCCGUCCUCCACUGGAGAGUCACUUUCGCCCCGAGUUCAUCCGGCCGCCACCGCCUCUGCACGUGUGCGAGGACGAGCUGGCGUGGCUGAACCCCACCGAGCCGGACCACAGCGUCCAAUGGGAUCGCUCCAUGUGUGUGAAGAACAGCACUGGCGUGGAGAUCAAACGCAUCAUGUCCAAGGCCUUUAAGAGCCCGCUGUCGGCCCAGCAGCAGUCACAGCUGCUGGCCGAGUUGGAGAAGGACCUAAAGUUAGUUUAUCACAUCGGCCUGUCCCCGGCAAAGCUCCCCGACCUAGUGGAGAACAACCCACUGGUGGCCAUCGAGAUGCUGCUGAAGCUGAUGCAGAGCAGCCAGAUCACAGAGUAUUUCUCCGUGCUGGUUAACAUGGACAUGUCGCUGCACUCCAUGGAGGUCGUCAACAGGUUGACCACAGCUGUGGACUUGCCUCCAGAGUUCAUCCACCUCUACAUCUCCAACUGCAUCUCCACCUGUGAGCAAAUCAAAGACAAGUACAUGCAGAACCGCCUGGUCCGCUUGGUCUGCGUCUUCCUCCAGUCGCUGAUCCGAAACAAGAUCAUCAACGUCCAGGACCUCUUCAUCGAGGUUCAGGCCUUUUGCAUUGAGUUCAGCCGCAUCCGAGAGGCCGCCGGCCUGUUCCGCCUCCUCAAGACCCUGGACACCGGAGAAAGCCCUGCUGAGGCCAAACCUGCCAAAUAACCAACCUCAGAGACACUGCACGGACAGUAGAAGUGGCCCGAUUUACUAAAAUAGUGCCACGUAUAUCAAAGGGACAUCCUUCAUGUCUUUGUACGUCACAGGAGCAGAAACUAAUGCAGCCGGCUUAAUAUUGUAAAUAUGUAGUGACGUUUUCUUCAGACUUUAAAAUCCAGUUAUGCCUCUGAACUUUGUCAGCAUUUUCCCCUUUCUCUUUUCCAGAAGUUUAAAAAGAACAAGGAUCAACUCUGUUCACCAUUUCAUUUUUUUUACCAGGGCUCUCUUUCCUUUGGAAAUCUUGCGAUUUCUUUUUCCCCCUCAAAUUAAACGGAAUGUUUAAUUCAA